AUGUCGAAAGCAAAAUACAUUGUUGAAGGAGGAUCCUCAAAUCGACCUCCAUUCUUUGAUGGAUCAGACUAUUAUUUUUGGAAAAACAAAAUGCAGUUGUUCUUAAAAUCUCAAGACACAGGAAUGUGGCGCAUCAUCACAGAUGGAGAUUUCACACCAAGGGUCGAUCAAGAUGACUUGAAUUCUGCUCUAAAAAAGGAAGCAGAUUGGACAGCAGAAGAUAAAGCUAAGGUACUUCUAAAUUCUAAAGCUCAAUUAUUCUUAUCAUGUGCUUUAAGCAGGGAAGAAAGUGAAAGGGUAGAUGAAUGCACAACUGCAAAAGAAGUCUGGGAUACAUUGCAAACUCAUCAUGAAGGAACAAGCCAUGUCAAAGAAACAAGAAUAGACAUUGGUAUAAGGAAAUUCGAACUGUUUGAAAUGCAAGAAGGAGAAACCAUUGAUGAAAUGUACUCAAGAUUCACCACAAUAGUAAAUGAAAUGCGUUCUCUUGGCAAAGCCUAUACUGUGCAAGAAAGAGUAAGAAAAAUCAUGAGGUGUCUCCCAAUCAUUUGGAGACCAAUGGUGACAGCUAUAAGCCAAGCCAAGAACCUUGAGUCACUGCCUCUGGAAGAACUAAUUGGAACUCUAAGAGCUCAUGAGAUAGUAUUGCAAGAAGACAAACCAGUCAAGAAAGGAAAGGCAAUAGCACUGAAAGUCUCUCAAGAAAAAAUCACAGUUCCAGUUGAAGAGGAAUCAGAAGAGAAUGAACAAGGAGAUGCUGAUGAAAUCGCGCUUCUCACUAGAAGAAUUCAAAGAAUGAUGAGAAGAAGAGAUCAAAUCAAAAAGGGAUUUCAAAACAGAAAUCCUAAAACAGAGAUUGACAAGAGUCAAGUCACAUGCUUUGGAUGCAACAAAUUGGGACAUUACAAGGCAGAAUGUCCAUCAAACAAAAAUCCACCAAAACGAUUUCCCUUCAAAAAGAAAUCAAUGAUGGCAACAUGGGAUGAUUCAGAGGAAUCAGAAACAGAAGAAGAGGAAGAAGAAGCCAACAUAUGCUUGAUGGCAAAAACAGAGGAAGAUGAGGUAAUGAAUUCUGAACCAUGUCAUUUAUGUCAACAAAUGGGAAAUGAAUUUGAUAACUUGCUAAAUGACUCAAAUCUCCUUAUUCAAAAAUGUAGUUCUCUGAAAGAACAGUUUUAUAAAGAGAAAGAAGAGAAGGAAAGAAAUCAAACUGAAAAUAAUUUGUUAAAAAAGAUGAUUCAAGAAUUGAAAGAAACAAGAGUUUUUGAAAGUGAAGAAUGUCAAGAACAUUCUGCGCUACAAACGGAGAACGUUCAACUUAAAAAUGAAAACGAACUUCUCAAAACUGAUUUACUGAACUUCAUUAAAGCCACUGAAACUUUUCAUAACAUCAUGGGAUCUCAAAUAGGAAUUUUUGAUAAAGCUGGUCUUGGUUUCAAUCAAACUCAAAAAACCAAACUUUAUGAAAACUUCUUUGUUGGUUUUCAAAAUACAAAGAGAAAGCCUUGGUUCUUGGACAGUGGCUGUUCAAGGCACAUGACAGGAGAUAGAAAUUGUUUCAUAACCUUCAGCAAGAAGGAUGGUGGUUCGGUCACAUUUGGAAAUGAUGAUCAAGCUCAAAUUAAGGGAAAUGGAACAAUUGGUAAGACAAACUCUGCUCAAAUAAAUGAUGUCCAAUACGUGGAAGGAUUGAAACACAAUUUAUUAAGCAUAAGUCAGUUAUGCGACAAUGGAUGCGAAGUCACUUUCAAGCCAAAGGUAUGUGAAAUCAAGUUGGCCAGAACUGGAAAAAUUAUGUUCUCUGGUAAGCGAAAGAAAAAUUUAUAUGUGAUAUAUUUGGAUGAAUUACCUGAUGAAUCAUGCUUUAUAUCUCAGAAACCCACUUCUCCAGAACAAGAACGUUCUCCAACUGCUCCUCCACAAGAACGUUCACCACCACAAGAACAUUCUCCAACUGCCCCUCCACCAAAAUCUUCUCCACAAAAGAAUUCCAAACGAUCUUCCCCUAUAUCCACAUCCUCUGAUUCUGAACCAUCUCCCCCAACUAAGAAACCAAAACAGAAUGCUCCUCCUCUAAUCUCCCUUGCAAAAUCAAAACUCUUCAAUGAAAAAUGGGCUCAACGCCCAGUUGGGAUAGGAAGAAUCUUUGUUUUUGAUAAUCUUGUUGUGGAUGGAAAUGCUGUUCAGCACCAUACGGAUGCUCUUGGAUGGACCUCCUUCUUAAAGAUCUCUGAAUCCUUUUUCCCAGAAGUCGUUCGUGCCUUCUAUUGCAACGCCAAAACCUUUGCUGACAAAUCUCUUUUUAUCUCAAAAAUAAAAGGAGUAGAAAUCAGAUUGACUCCAGACAUUUUGGCCAACAUUCUCCAACUUCCAACAGAAGGGCCAUCUGUCUAUGGUGACAACUGGUAUUCAGCUCUGAGUCUUAGAAAGACAGAUGUUUUGGCUGAGCUGUUUGAAGAAAACUCCACACGUUAUUUAGCCACAUACUUAAAGCCUCUUCCUAAAGUCUUCAACAAUAUGUGUCAACAUACUCUACUUCCACACUGUGGAAGUCAUGAGUACGUUUCUGAUAAUGACGCCUUGCUCAUCUAUCAUCUGUUAAACUGCAAGAGAUUGAACUUACCUCAUGUUAUUCUCCAGCACAUGAUCUGUGCAGCCCAAAAAGAUUACAAAAAGAACACUGUGCCUUAUGGCAUGGGUAUGGCGGAGAGGAAGAAGGUGAACAUAGAUCAAGACACCCUCUAA